AUGACAACAAUGGAAAUUGAUCAAAUUUUGGGAAACGACACAAUUAUUGGAGAAGGAGGAGAUGGUGGUAGUGGACAAAAAACAACAACUUCCUCCACUAACAACAAAAAGAAGAACAACAACCUUUUUGAAUCAAUUCAAAAAGAGAAUGAGCAAAUUAAAGAAGCUAUUAGAAAAACUCACGAUUUUAUUCGUGAAGCUAUUGUCGACCAAUCAAAAGAAGUUGUAAAAGAAAUUUUACAACAAGUAAAUCCACGUUUUCUGGAGAUUGAGAACUCCAUUCUAGAAUUAAAAAAUGCAGUUCAAGGUUUAUCCGCGGAAAGCGAGACUUCCUCUGAUUCUGUUUCUGUUAUGGGUCCGGAAGAGGAGGAAGUUGUUGGAGAGCCUAUAGUAAAUGAGGAACAACAACAAAAUGCUCAACAACAAGUUCCUAUAGAAAAUCAGCAAAAUAACCGUAUUGAUGCGAGAGAUGGGCCACAAAACCGCCGUGAGGCGAGAGGACGUGGAAACGGCCGCGACCGCGAGGCGGCCGCAGUGCCAGAGAUGCUCGAUUGUUUUUCCUCUUACGCCAAUUAG